GAGGGCAGUCAGAGAGGAAGAGGAGGUGGAGGAGAGCAGUCAGAGAGGAAGAGGAUGAGGAGAGAGCCAUCACAGAGGCGACGGAGGAAAGACCACUCAAAGAGGAGGUGAAGGAGAGCGGAGUCAACGACGAGGAGAAUCCAGUCAAAGAAGAGAACAGGGAGGGUCUUCUCCAGAUCUAGAGGAAGAGGAAGUAGAUAGUAUCACUGAUCCAGGAGAGAUCUCCAACCCAGGUUCAGACAGUGAGCCCAGUUCCACAGCAUCAGGAAACCAUAAACGACACAGACGGAGGAACUCGAGACAGAAACAUCACCACUGCAUGGACUGCUUCACUAGUUUCUAUGAGCCAGAGGAGUUGAGAAGACACACUUGUAGGGCCCACCCCUGCUCAGAUUGCAGAGGCAGUGUUAUUUGUCCAACUCACCUCAAAUCACACCAACAGACUCACAGAAUAAAGAAGAUUUACCCGUGUGAUCAAUGUGGGAAGAGCUUUCCGACACCAAGCAAACUAAUGACGCACCAGAAAACGCACACAGGAGAGAGGCCUUACCACUGCUCCCAAUGUGGGACGAGUGUCAGUAAUUUAGCACAUCUAAAGCGACACCAGAGGAUAAUACACCUGGGAGAGAAGCCUUACCACUGCUCUCAGUGUGAUAAGCGCUUCAGUCAGGCAGGUCACCUGAAGACACACCAGCGAACUCACACAGGAGAGAAGCCUUACCACUGCUCUCAGUGUGGGAAGAGCUUUGGUCGGGCAGGAUCUCUGAAGACACACCAGAUUACUCACACAGAAGAGAAGCCUUAUCACUGCUCUCAAUGUGGGGAUAACUUCACCAGUUUAUAUUUCCUAAAGAAACACCAGAUAACUCACACAGGAGAGCAUCCGUACCACUGCUCUCAGUGUGGAAGGAGCUUCAGUCAGGCAGGAGACCUGAAGCAACACCAGCGAACUCACACAGGAGAGAAGCCAUACCACUGCUCUCAGUGUGGGAAGCGGUUUGGUUGGGCACGAGCUCUAAAGACACACCAGCUAACUCACACAGAGGAGAAGCCUUAUCACUGCUCUCAGUGUGGGAGGAGCUUCAGUCAGACGGCACACCUGAAGAAACACCAGCUAACUCACACAGGAGAGAAGCCUUACAACUGUUCUCAAUGUGGGAAGGGUUUCAGUCGGCCAGCACACCUAACGAGACACCAGCGAACUCACACCGGAGAGAAGCCUUACCACUGCUCUCAAUGUGGGAAGAGCUGCAGUCAGACAGCAGACCUAAAGAGGCACCAGCUAACGCACAUUGGAGAGAAGCCUUACCACUGCUCUCGGUGUGGGAAGAGUUUCAGGCAUUUAACAACUCUGAAGAUGCACCAGAUGAGAAGCUUUUCCACUGCUGUUAGUGUGGGAAGAGUUUUAAAUGCAUAAAAUAACAUCAGAAGAUGUUGCCCAACACUGACCUUUAUAAUGGUGUUGCCAAGCUGGGCAUCUAACCAAUAUUGACUGAGUUGUUUUUUCUUCUCCAACCUGAUGUACAUUGUCAUAUAAAAAUGUACCAAAUGAAAUAUGACAUGAGGGUCACAUUUUAAAUUAAAGUGUCUAUUCCUCCAGAAAUCUA